AUAGGUCCGCGGUCACACUGCAGACGCGCGUCGCAUUGCCGCCAUUUGAAAAAAACGACUGGAGAAUCGAGAAAAAAAGGAAUUUGUUAAAAUUUGUGUAGAUUCUCAUUUGUGCCAAAUGGAUGACAUGUUGGAUAUAAUGCAGCCGCUGUCGCGGCUGCAGCUGGAACUGGAGGCAAUCCGGAAGGCUCACUUUAAAGAGCUGGAAGAACUAUUCUACGGCGUCAAGACCAAAGAUGCCAAGGCUGCGGACAAUGCCCCGGAGCAGAGCGAAACCUCCGCGGUGACACCACAGCAGACCAAGAAGCGUCCCAAACGGCUGACCGCUCUGACUGAGAACACAGAUGAUUCCGAAGAUGCCCCCGAUGUCACGGCAGAGUCCUCGCGCCGCCAAAGUGCGCGGUUGAGCAACUCCCAGCUCUUGGCCAUUGCCGAGGUGGAGAACCUGAACAGCACAGCCUCGUUAAUGCCGCCGCCACCGGCACCGACUCUAGCCGACACCACCAUGAGCUCGGGCCGGCCGCAGCGGGCUGCCAAAUUGAAAACGGUAAAGCUGCUCAAGGAGCACUCUCUCAUCCGAAAGAUGCGUCGCCCCAGCGAAGAGGAUUCGAUCCGGGUGAAGGUGGAGAGCGAACAGCGCGUCUCGCAGAUCAACGGCAGGACGCACAACAUAGCACCGGAUCCCAAACCGUCAGUUGUGGAGGAGACAAAGCCACAGGAGGCACCACCAACACUACCAAUAGAGCCCAUCAAGAAGCCAGCCGAAGUCUUCGCCUCCAAGAAUGUGUGCGUCAAAGUCAAGCGGCAUCCGAGAUGUCCAAGAAGGGGCGAAAGAAGAAGAAGGAUGGCGCCUGCCAUCGGCCCAUCAAGGUGGAGCAAUUUAGUGAAAUUGAUCAAAACUCGCCCGUCUCUUCGCGGACACGCAAAAACAGCACCGAGUCGCGCAACCAGGAGCGCUCCAUCUACAAAGACGCCCUCGAGGGGCCGCCCAUCGAAGAACAGCAGCAGCAGGCUUCUGCUGGCGCCGCCAUUAAUGAAACGAACACCUUGUCCAACGCCACAAUGGUGCUGGGUCCGGCUCCCACCGAUGAAAGUCCCAACAUUGCACCGGCCGACGCCACCUUGGAAGUUAUUACUAGCAGUCUCCUGACAGAGGAUGAGUCGCUGGACGACAGGGUACCAGUGGCGAAAUUUCUCUCAAAUGUGAAGGCCAUGAAGCUGCCCGGCCGCACCCAUG